ACGAGGAGACGAGCUCCCCCUCCCUCCUCCCCCGCCACCACCUCCAUUCCGGCCGCUGCCGCUCUGCAGGGCCGGCCCAUGCGCGGGUGAGGUGAGGUGACGACGACGACGACGCCGGCGGUGGCCCACCACCGGAGACGAUGAAGGGGAGGCCGCUGUUCAAGAGCCCUCUCCCCCGCAGCUACCUCUCCGAUACCUCCAGCGUCUCGUCGGCCGCCGUCGCCACCCACCGCGUCUACCAAGUCUGGAGAGGGAAGAAUAGAUUCCUGUGCGGCGGUCGUCUCAUCUUCGGCCCUGACGCGAGCUCCAUCGUGCUCACGGUGGCGCUCAUCAUGACGCCGCUCGCGCUCUUCGUCGCCUUCGUCUCGUUCCGGCUCGCCGAGCUGAUCGGGAAGCCGCUCGGCACCGCCGUCCCUGCGACGGCCAUGGCGGUCGGCGUAUUCGACGUCGUGGUGCUGGUGCUGACGUCGGGUCGGGACCCCGGCAUCAUCCCCCGGAACGCGCGUCCUCCGGAUCCCGACGACGCGGCGACGUCGGCGGACGGCAGCUCGUCGUUCGCGUCCCCGGCGACGGGCGCGUCGUGGUCGCUUCCCCCGACGCGCGACGUGUACGUGAACGGCGUGGUGGUGAAGGUCAAGUACUGCCACACGUGCAUGCUGUACCGGCCGCCGCGCUGCUCGCACUGCUCCGUCUGCAACAACUGCGUGGAGCGGUUCGACCACCACUGCCCCUGGGUGGGGCAGUGCAUCGGCCGCCGGAACUACCGCUUCUUCUUCAUGUUCAUCUCCUCCACCACCUUCCUGUGCCUCUACGUCUUCGCCUUCUGCUGGGUGAACCUGGCGCUCAUCUCCCGGCGGUCCGGCGUGAGCUUCGGCGAGGCCGUGGCGGAGUCGCCGGUGUCCGGCUGCCUCAUCGUCUACACCUUCGUCACGGCGUGGUUCGUCGGCGGGCUCACGGCGUUCCACUCCUACCUGGUGUGCACCAACCAGACGACGUACGAGAACUUCCGGUACCGGUACGAGCGCAAGGCCAACCCCUUCAACCGCGGCGCCGCCGGCAACAUCGCCGAGAUCUUCUUCUCGCCGGUCCCGCCGUCCAGGAACGAUUUCCGGGCCAAGGUGUCGCCGGCGGACCCGGACGCCGCCGCGCUCUACUACCUCGGCCCGCUGGCGUCCGAGUCGCGGAUCAGCUUCUACACCAGGGCCAGCCUCAGCUUCGACAUGGCAAAGGCAAGCUUCGACCUCAACUACUCCGCCAAGCGCACCAGCGUCGCGUCCUCCGACUUCGGCGACAUCGUCUACGGCGGCCACGGCGGGGCGCUCGACCGGGUCUCGACGACGCAGUACCAGCAGCCGCGGCACUCCAUCUUCGGCGGGGCCGGCAGGGAGAGCAAGAAGGCGGAGGACGAAGCGGACGCCGUCACGGCGGAGCUCGGGGCCACCAUGCACAAGCACUACGGCGCCGCCGCCGGCCGGUCGCGCGUCAGGGAGUUCGAGGUGGUGUGAUCGAUCGAGGUGUACGUAUCGGCGCGCAGGGGGGAUCGUUGUGAUCGAGAAACCGUGUUCGAUCUCAGGACCGUGAAUGCGAUUUUGCGCGUGUGCUUUUUUGUGUGAUGUCGUACUCGUACGUACGUGUAAGUAGCCGAUCAGCUUCGUCCUCCAUAUGUAUGUUUGGAAAUGGGAUGCGUGGCUCAUGUAUGUCAUAGCAUUCUAAUUCCUGCAUGGUACACUGUAGUUCAAGGCUUCAUGUAUAUAUAGUUGUGUUAUAUACAUACAUGUAUAUAUAGGCUGCCGAUGCACAAUUGCACAUA